AAGAAGCCGUCGACCGCCCCACGCCGCCUUCGCCAUGAGUGACAACAAGGAGUACAAGCUGGUGGUGCUGGGCAGUGGUGGUGUGGGUAAGUCCGCACUUACCAUCCGCCUCGUGACCGACAACUUCCUGGAGGACUAUGACCCGACCAUCGAGGACAGCUACAGGAAGCAGACGACCAUCGACAACAGUCCCGCCCUGCUGGACAUUCUGGAUACGGCCGGUCAGGAAGAGUACACGUCCAUGCAGGACCAGUGGAUGCGCGAGGGCAAAGGCUUCCUGCUGGUGUACAGCGUGACCAGUCGCAGCUCGUUCGACGACAUCGCCGCCUUCAAGGACAAGAUCCUGCGUGCCAAGGACGUGGACAACGUGCCCAUUGUGCUGGUCGGCAACAAGUGCGACCUGGAGGCCCAGCGACAGGUGGCCGCUAAUGAAGGCAAGGAGCUCGCACGCCAGUGGGGCUGCUCGUUCAUGGAGACGAGUGCCAAGGAGAGAAUAUUGAAUGAGGAGUGCUUCUACCAGGUGGUGCGCGAGAUCAGGAAAGCCGAGCGCCCUGUGCGCGUGGAGCGACCUCAACCUACGCAGAAGCCGCAGAAGAAGUCGGGGUUCAAGUGCACCAUCCUAUAGAAGCGCACGGAGCUAUCAAGCUCUUGUCACGUUGCGUCGCGUCGCGCGGAGCCAUUUGGCACCUCCCUUCUCGUCGCGACGUUAUGCUGCUUACAUACAACAGUCAGUUUAGCCCACUUCUGAAUCCAUUUAGCCACUCACCCCGCUAACUCACUUGGUCUGGUUGCUGCCUCACGGACACUAUCGAGCCACCCGCCCACGCUGUGUACUCGCUCGACAUAUUCGUUCGCCGUCCCCUCCGUCCGUCCGUGGAGUAUUGUGUCCGCUGUGGCUUGGGUGCGAGGGCCCGAUUGGUAUCAAACGUUUUUCACG